GGUACUUUCCCGUGUGAGAAUAAUGGAUUGUUUUGAUUUAAAAGCUGUAGAUUUUUCAUUUAUCAUCUUCUAAUAAACAACAACAUACUUGCUUCACAACAAACUUACUCGAAAGUGGACUUAAUUGACAUUACAUUCGCUUUGGCUACAUACUUGCUUCACAAUAUUCUUCGUUGGCAUCAUUCUUGAUUGAUAUCACGCCCAUUGAUACUAUAUUUCUACUUUCCUUUAUUAAUAGGACACCUUAAGACUACACUCACCACCAUGUCGCGGUCUACCGGCCAUCCCAAUCCCACCAUUGGACCUAUGGUUCGAUUGCGAGGACUGCCUUAUUAUGCUUUGCCGUUAGGUGGCAUAGGUAUUCGUCCAGACGGAACAGAAGAGAACUUGAAUGCUGAUGCAGAAAUACAUCCUACUCAAGGUGUGAGGGUGUUCAUCACAGAUGUUCUGAGGGAAUCAAGUCUAUUCAUUGAUGGCAUGGGGUCGGAAUCUGGAACAUGGCGCAAGGGCAAAGUUGGAAAUAUUCUCUCGGGUCGCAAGCAGGUUGAGUUUUAUAAACGCGUCGUUUCUGCAAAGGAUAUCAACAGACUGAGAGUAUACAGUCAGCAUCGUUUAGUAAAAGAUAAGGAGGUCUGGUAUGCUAGAAGAAGUCUUCACCUUAAUCAGAAUGAACCAGGUACAGCUAAUUGGACCGAAUUUACUCGAGACAUCAAAGAGAAUCACGCCCGUACAGAGGAUGCAGUUUCGGACGAUGUGACCGCUAAACAAUGCAUGCGCUGGGAUACGAACAACCUCAGUGUUGACAUUGGUGGUGAACAAUGGAACAAUAUCACAAUGGCUGUCGUGGAAAUGAGGCAUAAAAUGCCCGUGAGGAUGGCUAGGCGGACGUUCCCUGUGGUAUUGAUUACUGCGUCGCCGAACAGGUCUGAGGGAAAUGAAUUCCUAGUUAUCUCAAUACCUAUAGUGGAUUUCCAGACAACCACGUGGGCCCAAUUUGCAAAAGAAAAAAAUCAAGUUGUUGCGGCCUAUGCAUCCGUCGAACGGUUUCGUACUCUCCCUGAUGAUAAUGGAAGAAUAGAAUGGAUAAUGGCUACUACUGUAAGAUUUCUAAGCAAAGACUCUGUUGUGCUCUACAAUUUGCUGACUUAUGUGUAGUCAGACCCUAAAGGUAGCGUCUCUCGCCUCAUGCCAUAUAUAGAAGGCACCACUAUGCCAGGUGUGAUAAAAAAGGAUGUUGAAAUGUAUAUGCGUUGGGUCGAACGACAAAGGAGAGAUGGCGGACAGCCCGAGCAAGCCGUAAUUCCCCCACAAAAUUAACCUUUUAACGACGAUGGCGGAUUUCGACAGAACUAUUUGCCAGCUUCAUGUAGGAGUUUGAUUGGUUUUGAGAGAUCAAAAGGCCCAGA